CCUCUUUGUCAACUAUCUUCCACCCAUCUCUCUUCUCCUCUCCUCGCCGUCGUCGUUUCGAUAUCUCUCCCUCUCUCUAGGAUGGCGCCCGCUUCUCUCUACGAGCCCCCGAACACCGUCUGCGUCAUGGACGCCUCCGGCCUCCUCGGCUCCCGCCUCGUCCACCGCCUCCUCCGCCGCGGCUACUCCGUCCACGCCGCCGUCCAGAACGAAGGCGAAACCGAUCGGCUGAGGGAGCUGUCGGCCGACGCGGAGAAGCUGAAGAUCUUCCGCUCCGAUCCCUUCGACUACCAGAGCAUCGUCGACGCGCUGAGAGGCUGCUCCGGCCUCUUCUACGCCUUCGAGCCGCCUCAGGACCAGCCGACCUACGAUGAGUACAUGGCCGAAGUGGAAGUGAGGGCAGCACACAACGUGCUGGAGGCGUGCGCCCAGACGGACACCAUCGAUAAGGUGGUCUUCACUUCCUCCGCGACCGCGGUAAUCUGGAGAGAUGACCGGAAAUCGCUGGAGUCGGAUUUCGACGAGAGGCAUUGGAGCAAUGUCAACCUCUGCCGCAAAUACAAGCUGUGGCACGCGCUGUCGAAGACACUGGCGGAGAAAGCGGCGUGGGCCCUGGCGAUGGAUCGUGGGGUGAACAUGGUGUCCGUGAACGGAGGGCUGCUGAUGGGGCCUGACCUGUCCAUCGCCCACCCGUACCUGAAAGGAGCGGCCGAGAUGUACGAGGACGGGGUGUUCGUGACCGUCGACGUCGAUUUCCUGGUCGACGCCCACUUGUGCGUCUUCGAAGACGUCUCCUCCUACGGCCGCUAUCUGUGCUUCAACCACAUCAUCAACCGCCCCGAGGACGCCCUCAAGCUCGCCCAGAUGCUCGCUCCCUCAGCUCCUUCGAUGCCUCAAAGCUACGAGCAGGAGUUGAAAAUCAUCCAGCAUAGGAUCAGCAACAAGAAGCUCAAUAAACUCAUGGUGGAUUUCGAGAUAGGAGUCCAGGUGGACGAAUCGGUCUGAUCUCAAUCUCGAUUUCGACCCCGGUUUGGGGAAAAGAGAAAGAGGGAUGCAUUUUCGAUUACCGCGUUUAUAUAGAGAUUUUUAUUAGGUUCGCUGCUUGUGUAAGAAAUAAUUCUCUCACUCAUCGUCGGAUGGUGGUGGACGUGUGGAAGAAUUUAGGUAUAAAACCGACCCCCAAUUCAUGCUCCUCGACCGUCCGAUGAAGGAUGAGAAAUUGUUUAUUCUGUCACAUCGGCGGGGAGCCUAAUCAUAAUCUUUUAUGUUUAGUUCGAGGACUCCUAGAAUAGGGAGACUAUGAACGGUGCUUGGUCACGUGCGGGGCAGGAGACCCGUCUUUGUCUCUGAAAGGUAAGGAUGAGUCAAGGGCGGGACCAAAGUGCAAGUAAUAUACUACGGGGGGAGGACGAGAAGAGGACGGAGAUCGUGGACUUUUUCCACGUUGUAAUUGUUUGUCUGUCCCCCGAAAGCCUGGUCGACGGCGAUGUAAAUACAUGCUGGAUUUCUUCUUCUUCUUCUUCGUCUUGGUCUUCUUCUUGUUUUUUUGUUUUUUUUGGGUUUUGGAUAAUUAGACAGUUGAGAGACCAUAUGGCCGACUUGUUUCUCUCUUUCUUCUCGGUUUGCUGCUGUUGUCUGGUAGCUUUGGGUCUUUAAUUGAGCCGCAAAUGGCAAGUUUCAAGUUGCUUGUGAUUCCGAA